UAUCAAUAACGGUGUUCCUCAAACAACAAAUAAAACCAACUGGCAAGUCGAGCAAAAAUAUGUUAUAAAAAUACGUUCCUGUAAUUUGUGACAAAACCCGAUUCAUGUUUUAUUUUUAGCUUAUUUUACCGUACAAAAAAAUUUAAAAAAAUGUCGUUUCUUAUUGGCUUUUUUACUGAUCAUUCUAAUCAUCCAAUCAACGGUUAUAAUUCCUGUUUAAUGCAUCAAAGUCCAUAGUAGCAACUAGCAAGUGUAUAAGACAGUUAAAGAUACUGUUGAAUUAAAAUAUAUUUUUAUACUUUGGUGUGCCCUCCUCUCCAAGGAGAGAUCUCAUGGAUUCGAGUAAUGCAAAUGUUUCAGAUGACGAAGAAUCGUUUUAUGGCGUUUUUGUGGAAUCAGAUGUUGAUGACAGCAGUACUCCUAGAGUGUUCUCUAAUUUUCAAGAAACACUUUCUGCAGUCAAAUCUAACAAAACUGCCAGAUUCAAGCUGUUCAGAUCAGCAACUGAAGCUGAACGAUUUAGUGUUUUUGGACAUGAAUUACCUAUAAAACAAAUUGAAAAAAACAUACCUAAUGUAUCUACUAGUUUCACUUUUAAGUCUUUAAAAUCUGAAGACCUGGUUGCUUUCCGUCGUCUAAUUGAAGGUGGAGAACUAGAUAAGGUGAAACUGGCUGUGAAUUCAAAUCCAAGGUUUCUUGUUAGCAGUGGUGAUACACCAUCAAUAAUUCAAGAAGGAUGUCGAUAUAAUGCUAUGCAUGUAGCAGCUCGAUACAAUCAACCAGAAAUUGUUCAUUUUAUAAUGGAGUGUGUUACUAGUUCAGAAUUUAUAAAAAGUUUAUAUGGUAUGGAACAAUCAUAUCUAUCACGAAGUGAAAUCAUUACAGAUUUGUACUUAAACACACCUGAUAAAGCUGCAAAUGAUACACCUCUUCACAUUGCUUCAAAAUUUGGCCAUGUGGGUGUAGUAAGAGAGCUAGUUUCAUAUGAUAAGUGUAUAUUAACAUCUCUAAAUAAAUAUGAUCAAACUCCUAAAGAUGUUAUAUGCUCAAGAAACAACAAGGAAAUGUAUAAUGAUAUAUUCAAUUUAUUAGAGAAUGGAUAUUUUGUACCAAUGUGGAAAUCUGAUGAUGAUUGUGUACAACCUACAAUCGGCAAACCAUUUUCUCCUAAGUCUUCAACUAUAUUUUCACCAUUGCAUAAUGACAAUCCUAAAUCAUUAAAUCCGAUACUUGAAGUAAGAGCCGUGGCUGGACCAAUGAAUGAAUCACAAGCCCUAAAGUUUUGGAAAGAAUGGAAAUCUCCAGUGCGAAAAACACUAUUAUCACCUUCACCAAAAAAGUCUCCAUUAAGCCCAAAACAAAAUGAGUUUAAGAAUAAAAGUAUUGAAAAGGCAGGAAGAGAUUUAGCUGAAAAAAAGAAAGUUGGCUGGGCUGAAUAUUGGCCCUUUCUUGAUGAAAUAGUGGAUCUCAAAUCAGACAGAGGUUUAAAUCUGCUUGAAAAAUAUUUGAGACAAAGAUUUAGUAACAAAGAACAAGAUAUUCCUGAAAAAUCAUUUGCAUCGGAACAAACUGUUUUGCUAAGCCCUAUGGGCGAAUUGUGUAAAGCGUUAGAAUCAAUGAGAAUUGGAUGUAUGCUAAAUAGACGAAGUCCUCGACGUUAUACUCUUGUAUCUUACACUUGUCUUGUAAAAUCUUGUAAAGUUUUAGCAGAACGUUUAUCAAAUGUAAUAAUAUCGGAGUAUAAAAACGUUUUAGGCAUUGAGUCAUUAGCUAUUCGUUUAUGUCAUGAAGUAAGGCAUUUAUUGGUUUUGGAAGAUAGUUUUUACUCGGAUAAUCGUUUUGAUUCAAACAUUAAAGGAAAAAUUCACGGAAGAGUAGCUGAACAUCUUUGUCAGUUGUUAAUUAAUAAUUUGGAACUUGUUAGCAAUGUUUCUUUAAUAGUUACAAAACUUCAGAAGUAUUAUGCACUUCAUGCAAUUGGGAGUCGUAGUGAAAUAACUGGAGCUUGUUUGGUAACUCAGAUACAUAAGAUUCUUACUGAAAAGUCUUCUAAUAUACAUAGUAUGCAAUCUGAUGAUAAUGAAGAAAAUUGUAAACAAUGGUUUUUAACUGCUGUUCCUUGUUUAUGUAGUAUUGAAGCUAAAUCAAGUUUAAAACCAAAACAACUAUUUUGUGAUAAUGAACCUGUUAAAAGAGCAGUUGAGACUGAAGAAUCUAAAAACAUGCAUGAUAAUAUGGAGAAUUCUUUAAGUUCCACUCAUGAAAGAAGAGAACCGUUAUCAAAUGGUUAUGACUCUGAUGAUGAUGUUUUUUCAAGUGCUCCUACGAGUCCAUGUAGUGAAUAUUCUUCAUCAGACGAAUCUGAUGAAUCAAAUAUGUUUCAUAACGCUGAACGAAAUUUUUCUUAUCUAUUAUUUUCAAAAGAUGUACCAACAGAUUAUGAUUAUGAAAUAUUUGAUGCAAUUAAUGGUGUAAACAUAGAUUCUAACAAAUAUCCAUGGUUAUAUAGAUGGUUGUAUUCAAUGAAUGACUAUAAUUGUGUUAACAAUCUGUGAUAAACAAUUAAUGUAAUGUAUUUGUUUUAAUGUGGUGAUUUAUUAUUAAAGU